AUGGCAUCGGAGACGCACCUGGAGGAUGAAGGCGAAUGCCAGGCUGAGACAGGUCCGGGGGCGGGCUCGUGUGGGGUGGGGGGAAUCAAGCACAAGAUAGUAGUGAUGGGGGCUGCCAGGGUGGGGAAAUCAUCCCUCAUACAACAGUUCCUCUACUCCACGUUCACGCCUAAGUACAAGCGAACCGUUGAGGAGAUGCAUCAUGGCGAUUUCACUGUGGCCGGAGUCCACCUAACCCUGGACAUCCUAGAUACAUCUGGCUCGUUCGAAUUCCCCGCUAUGCGAGCACUCUCCAUCUCAUCAGCUGACGCUUUCAUCCUUGUCUACUCAGUGGUGGAUGCGGCGACCUUUGACGAAGCACGGGUGAUCCGCGACCAGAUCAUUGAGACUAAGGGCAACCGGGCUGUGCCCAUUGUGGUCGUGGGGAACAAGCUGGAUUUGGCUGAUGAGAGCCGAGAGGUGUCAUUUGAAACGACAGAGUCGAUAGUCACAGUAGACUGGGAGAACGGCUUUGUAGAGGCGUCAGCUAAGGAUAAUAUCAACGUCACACAGGUGUUCAAAGAACUGCUGACCCAGGCGAAAGUCAAAUACAACCUGAGCCCAGCUUUGAGACGCCGACGCCGUCAAUCUCUGCCGAUGACGCAGGGGGGUCUGGGUGGAGGUGCGAACACCCCCAACCCCGCCAUUCCCUCUGCCGCACAGUUGGCUCACCUGCAACGCAUACAGGAAAAGCAUGCCGCCUCCGGGGGCGGAGCUGUGGGGGCGGGCGGCAAGAGGAAUUCCUGUGUCAUAUCGUAGGGCACACUCUUCAGAAGUUCAAUAUCCUAUUUUAAAGUUUUGAUUCGAGGUAGGAGAUAUAAGAAACAACAAGUUUUGAGGAUUUGAGGCAAGGUAGAGGCAUGCGUCAACCUUACAGCUUUUGGAU